GAGCAUAGGCCAAUUAUCUCAAUUAUCUCUACUGAAUCUCUCUUCAAAUUCUUUGGUCGGUGUCUUAACUGAAUCUCAUUUUGCUAAUCUAGUGAGCUUACGGUAUUUGGGCUUGUCCUACAACUCGUUCCAAUUGAAUGUAAGUGAGAAUUGGGCCCCUCCUUUUGAUUGCUUUACUAUCCAAAUGUGUUCCUGCAGAGUAGGCCCUGUUUUUCCUGCUUGGCUCCAAAGUCAGACAAUGUUGAGCGAGCUUUGCUUAUCAAAUACUGGAAUUUCAGGUAGCAUCCCAGCAUGGUUUUGGAAUCUUACUCGUUUCAAUUUGCUCGAUUUGUCAAAUAACAAUUUGGAGGGGAGGCUACCAACAUCUUUGGAAAAUUUCAAUCUCCGUCUAGUUGAUUUGAGUUCAAACAGAUUUGAAGGGCCAUUACCUGAGCUUAAUGCCAAUUAUUUGCUUGUUAUCAAUCUCAACAACAACUCAUUCUCUGGGUCUAUUCCUUCUUACUUUGCAGUUGCUACUAGGAUUCAAAUUUUCUCUUUCUCUAAUAAUCAUAUCAAUGGCAGCAUUCCGUCAUUCUUCUGCAACCUUACUUUCUUGCAAUUGUUUGACGUAUCUAAUAAUGAUAUGUCUGGAGGACUUCCCAGCUGCUGGAAUUCAACAUCAGCAUUGCAAAUUAUUAAAUUAUCUCACAAUAAUUUCUCAGGUAGAAUUCCUGAUGGCCUUGUGUCUCUCACCAAUCUCCGUUCCUUACAUUUAAGAAACAAUGGUUUCUCUGGAGGACUGCCCUUGUCAUUGAGAAAGGCCAACAAGUUGGUAAUUCUCGAUGUUGGUGAAAACAAACUCUCGGGUAACAUACCGACGUGGAUCGGUGAAAAACUUUCAUCUUUAAUUGUGCUUCGCUUGAGAUCAAAUUUCUUCAAAGGCACCAUUCCAAAGCAAUUAUCAAAACUCUCCUAUCUUCGGAUCCUAGACCUUGCACACAACGGCCUAUUAGGUUGUAUUCCUUAUACUUUUGGAGAUUUCAAAGCCAUGGUAGUCACAAAUCACAGUGAAUUGUUGUCUUUACUCCCCAUUCCACCAACCACAAUGCGCGGUUGUACUUUUCAUGAAAGUUGUACGGGUACUCAUACAUAUACCACAUUUUCGUACUCUGACUCUCUCUCAAUAAUUGCGAAGGGCCUCCAAAUGGAGUAUUCUAAGCUUCUGUCAUUAGUCACAAGCAUAGACUUAUCAAACAACAAGCUUUCCUGUGAGUUGCCUGAAGAACUGACAAAGCUACAUGGGCUACAUUUCUUGAAUAUUUCUUACAAUCAAUUAAAUGGAAAAAUACCAGAGAGCAUCAGUGACAUGAAACAGCUGGAAUCACUUGAUCUGUCAGAGAACAAUUUAUUUGGUACCAUUCCUUCAGGCAUGUCUACUUUGAAUUUCUUGAGCUAUUUGAACCUAUCGCACAACAAUUUGUCAGGAAAAAUUCCAUCAGGUGGCCAACUUCAGACUUUUAAUCCGUCAGCCUAUAAUUGGAAUCAUGAUCUUUGUGGAUCACCUCUUCAGAAUUGUGCUAAUGUGACACAGUACUCCCAAGGCGCAAACGAGGAAGAAGGCAAAGGUGAUUGGGCAGAAAUGUUAUGGCUUUACAUAGGUCUUGCAACUGGAUUCAUAACUGGCUUCUGGGCGAUCAUCGGUACCUUUAUUAUCAAGCAAACCAUAAGAAUUGCUUAUUUCCGAUCUUUUGACAAAGUAUACGAUUGGCUAUACGUGAAGAUGGUUCUGUAUUCUCGUAGACUCAAAUCAACUUUCUCAUCUAGGAACUAAGGUCCAAAGUAAUGAGCUGGGUGGCCUAACUAGUUACUUCAAUAAAUUGAUGUUAUUGUAUUAUGUUGCUUUAGUUAUGAGUCCUUUAUUUUAUAUUUGAAUUAUGAGUUUGUAAUUUGAAUUACUAUUGGAUCUGAAAUGCAAGCUGCAGAAUAUCAUUAUGUGUAAUUUGAAGGUAUACCAUUUUGUUAUGUUAUUUGAGGAUAUUAAAGUUGUCUGUCAACAUUCAAGCAUUAGUUCUUGCGAGUGUAAGCGUGUGCUUU